CUACUUCCGGUGAAAUUACGGUGGCGAUUACAGGGUUGAUUUCAUAAAGAAAUUUUGCAAAUCUCAGAUUAUUAUUAUUAUGUGCAUAUAAACUCCCUCCACACUUCUCUCUUUCUUGAACAAAAGAGCAAAAACCACACCCUGCCCGGUGCCCAUCAUCAUCAAUGGCGGAUAAUGGUUCUCUCGAAGAUUUCUUGGCCACUGCGGUAGAUGCGGCUAAGCAAGCUGGCGAGAUAAUCCGCAAAGGGUUCUACCAGACCAAGCAUGUGGAGCACAAAGGGCAGGUAGAUUUGGUCACAGAAACAGACAAGGCAUGUGAAAAUCUCAUCUUUGAUCUUCUCAAGCAGCAUUAUCCCACUCAUAUGUUCAUUGGGGAGGAAACAACUGCUGCUUGUGGUGUGACAGAAUUGACAGAUGAGCCAACCUGGAUUGUUGAUCCUCUUGAUGGAACUACUAAUUUUGUGCACGGGUUCCCUUUUGUCUGUGUUUCCAUUGGUCUUACAAUUGGAAAGUUUCCAACAGUUGGUGUUGUUUACAAUCCAAUAAUGGAUGAGCUUUUUACUGGCAUACAUGGGAAAGGUGCUUUCCUGAAUGGAAAACCUUUAAAAGUAUCGGUUCAAACUGAGCUUGUGAAGUCUCUCCUCGCUACAGAGGCUGGAAUACAACGUGAUAAGUUGACUUUGGAUGCUUCUACAAACAGAAUCAAUAAUUUACUCGUCAAGGUUAGAUCCCUUCGGAUGAGUGGCUCCUGUGCGUUGAACCUUUGUGGAAUUGCAUGUGGAAGGCUUGAUCUCUUUUAUGAACUUGGAUAUGGGGGUCCAUGGGACGUGGCAGCUGGUGUUGUCAUUGUUAAAGAAGCUGGAGGUCUUAUAUAUGAUCCAUCUGGAAAAGAUUUUGACAUCACUUCUCCGAGAGUUGCAGCUUCAAACCCUUUCCUGAAGGACGCAUUUGUGGAGGUGUUGCAACUCUCAGAAUGAGGAAAUACCUAUAGUAGUAAUUUAUGAAUGUCAGAAGUUCCUUAUUAUCUCAUACAAUUUGUUUAAGUUAUCUUGCUCCUGUCGGCAACAUUAUAUGAUGCCUUUCUUCUUUAUUCCUCUAUGAGGUGUUAAUUUAGCACCCUCUUUUACAACAAUCUAUAAUUUUAAUAAUUCUUCAAUAGACAUCUGGCCUUGAG